AAUGUCAAUAGAAAAGAUAUAUGCUAUAAUUAUUUAUGUACAUCUUUUAGUAAAGUUUACGGAUUCAACUGUAUUCAAGUCUUGCUCUGAAGCAAUUGUUACUAAUCAAGCAAAUGGUUUUUACGAUAUUCAACCAAUCGAAUAUGGUUCUAUAACAAACAUAUACUGCCAAGUUGUGAAUGAUAUACAUAUUGAAUCAACUUUGGGUAAUAAUUUCGAAGAGAAUACUACAAUUAAUGGUUAUGAAUUCCAGUAUAGUUAUAAGAGGACUAUUAUGUAUGGAAAUUUUAAUGAAACGCAGAUGGAUGAGUAUUUGAGAACGGCGGGAACUUGUUCUCAGACUAUGUACUUUUACAACUAUUUUUCUCAUUUGUCAUUUACUCACUUUAUUUUUUGGGAUGGACUCAUAGUUAAUUAUAAUGACGCUCCUGAUGGAAUUUGUAAAUGUUUCUUAAGACAAGUUUGCGACGAAGACGCUUCCAAUGAGCUAACUUGUAGAGAUGCGGGAAACGAAACUCACAGUCCAUCGUUUAACCAUACUGGAAAAUUUUCAGUUUUACCUCAAAGAUUGCCUUUAAAAAAAAUAGAGGCUGGCGACACUGGUACAGACCCUACAGGACAUGACGAGAUCAUUCACUUUGCAGUUGGAAAAUUAAAAUGUUCCAAGAGGCUUACAGCUAAAUUAACCGUUAAUCAUUUCCAUCAAUGCGAAAAUGAAAAACUUCAUGUUUUAUUGGACGAAUCUGUAUCGACGUGUAUGAAAUUUAAAGCAUCAGAUUUUUAUUUAAAUAUUCAAACUGAGGUAAAUCAUCGAAAAUUUAAGAUAUUAGGAAGUAAUUCUCAAUGCUUAAAAUUUGGUAUGGUAUCUAAAGAUGAAAAUGAUAGGACAAGACAAUGUACAACUAUAGAUAACUGCGUAUACAAUUGUUUAGCCUCACCAAUAAAACAAUAUUUCUUAUACUCGUUAGACUUAAUAGGAGACGUUGAAAUUUGUGAAAUAGUAUUACUUCCUUUUUAA